UCCCCGCGGCGCCGGCGGAGGGCGGUAGCGGGGCGCCGCCUCUCGUUCGCCGCCGCCGCGGCGGGCUGGCUCCUCCCCGCCCGCUUCCGUAGCGAGCGGCGGCGGCAUGUGGAGGCCGGGGGCGGCUGGCGCAGUGAGCGCGGCGCGGCGGGCGGCGGCGGCGUGGCGGCGGAGCGGAGGCCCCGGGGACGCCCCGCUGGCCGGGGCAGCCGUCGGCGGGCGCGGCCGGACGUUUCAACAGCAGUUACGAUAUGCUUCAGAGAUGAAGAGCAAGACUGUUCAGUUCGCAAAUUUAAGAAAUACAGGAACUCUGAAUGACACAAGCUCUUUAGAUGAGACCACUUACGAAAAACUGGCUGAAGAAACACUGGACUCCUUGGCGGAUUUCUUUGAGGACCUAACAGAUAAGCCUUUUACCCCGGAAGACUAUGAUGUCUCUUUAGGGAGUGGAGUUCUAACAGUUAAAUUAGGUGGAGACAUGGGAACGUAUGUAAUCAAUAAGCAAACACCAAACCGGCAGAUUUGGCUGUCCUCACCCACUAGUGGGCCUAAGCGCUACGACUGGACUGGACGGAACUGGGUAUAUUCUCAUGACAGAGUGUCCCUUCAUGAACUACUAUCAAAAGAGUUUUCAAUGGCGUUGAAAACCAAAUUGGAUUUGUCCUGCUUAAUAUAUUCCGGGAAAGAAGAUACUUGAUAAUAUUCUACCUCAUGGAAGUUUAAAGACUUUAACUGCAAACCAAGCCCUUCCUUCGUUUCUGAAGUACCUGAGCUUAAUUCUGUUGUUAUUCAUGUUAUGCAACAAAAAUGAAAAUAAUAAUAUUUUUCUCUAGCGCUGUCUUUGGGUUUCUGUGUCACAGCUUGAAUCUGUGUCCAUGUAGUACAGGUGGUUGUGGUUGCUCUUCCUGUUAACUGCAUUUCUUAUGUAUGGACUGACCCACCUAGUGACUUCUGACGAGUGCACAAAGCUAAACUUCUUUUGGUGAGACAUUCACCCAAAACAAAAAAUGCCUGUGAAUUGCAUUGACAUAAGUUGUGGCACUGUGAAUGUAUUGCGUUAAAAUUUGUGGCUGCAAGUGCAUAAUGCAUCACAGUCAAAUUGAAUGUCGUAAAAUGAAAUGACUGUGGCAGGCAGAAACUUUUCAUUGUGUGUAAUGCAUGUCUUAUGAGUUUCCCUCAGUAUUGCAGAACUCGCUCUUUUCUCCAAAUUUUAAAUUCUCCUUUCUUUCAUUAGGAGGGGGGUUUUUUUGAGCUAAACCUUAAAUUACUUUAAAUUUAAAAGAUCUGUGUGGCUGUAAGCGUCAUAUGGAACUGGACAGGCUGUUACACGAUGUUUAAGUUGCAUAGCAAUAUCUCUGCAAAUACUUCAUUCUAAUACUCUGGAUUUCUCUUUCUGUUCUCUUUUGCUCUUCAAAGAGUAAAAAUACAUACUGACUUUUUCUUUUGUUGAGCAAAAUUAAGAUCCUCUCACAGCAGCAAAAAUUUGCACUGAUUUUGUUCUGCAGCGUUUCUUAAGGAAGUAGGCCUAGAUUAUUUUUUCCCACCACAGUACAGCCAGGCUCCCCUUGGUACCGUUGCUGAUGCAGAAACUUUUGCCUUUUUCCUUCUUAGAGUCAAGUAUGGUACUUAGGCUGAUGAAGCUGUGUUUUUUGGGCUGUUGAAAAAUUGCAGCGGAGUAAAUUAUAUACUCUGGAUUUUAAACAAAAAAGCUUUAAAAGAAAUCAUGAACUGCAAGAAGAACACUUCAACACUUGCACUGUUGUUAUUAUUACCACUUAUGGUUUUUAAUUGCCUAUAAAAUGGAAAUGCAAAGUUGUUGACUAAUUCUUGAGGGAACAGUUAUGCCACACUUAUAAAUUGUUUAUCAAUGUAUGAAAAGAUGUUCAGUGCAAACCAUUCCUGUGACACUUGUAGUUAGUUUGGCAUGGUUCUCUGGCUAGCUAGGAUUAUUACAGAUUUGAUUAAUUUUGUCAUUGAAAAACAAUAGCUAUAUAGUAUUGUUGCCCAGUAUUUGCAUUUAAAAUAUAAGCAUUGUUACCUGAUAUUUCCCACCAUUCAGAAUAGAGAGUAAAAUUUCACUGGAAAUGGCUAUUGGCUAAUUGUGCAUGCAGUUUGCAUGUUUCUCAAUCAAAAUAAAAAAUAAGACAUCUGAAGUUUCAGCUCUGGAUGAAGUAAAUACAAUGAAUACUAAUUCUCAUGAGUACAAGAGUAAAAGAUUUUUUAUUUUUUAAACAAAGCUAAGAAAAUAACAUCUAGCUGUUUUGAAUUUAGAAUACUGAAAAUAAUUUACAGCGUACAGAAAAUGAUAGUAUUUAGUGCAGUCUCCUAGUAGUUCAAAUGGCUAUUUAAACACAUUUAUAUAUAUGUUAAUGACAUGAUACUUGGAUCAAGGAUACUUCCUCCUGGUUCUUCCUUUGCCUGAUAAUGGAUAGCUUGUGUAAUUAUUUUUCUGAUUUUACUUUUCCAGAAAUUACUUUCUUAAGUAAUCUGCAGACAAUAUAUUCACUAACAUGCAUCUGAUUCAUAUUCACAUUUCGUGCAAAUGUUUAUACCAAAAUAAAAUUGCAUGUAGAAUGCUUAAUUCAUUUUGUAAAAGUGUGAUUUCAGGCUAUGAUGAUAAAGCUAAAACCCACAGGCAUGUA